AUGGCAAGCCAUACUGAGGACUUCCUUCGCCUAUGGGGCGUCAAGCACCGUGUUUCCUCCGUCGCCUUCCCUCAAUCCAACGGUAGACCCGAGGUUGCAGUGAAAACAGCCAAGCGCCUUCUAAUGUCUAACACAUGGCCAACCGGCAGCCUGGACUAUGAUCGGUUCCUGAGAGCCAUGUUGCAAUUGCUCAAUACCCCUGAUCCAGAUUGCAACCUUUCACCAGCACAAAUAAUUUUCGGCCUCCCCUUACGGGACACACUGUCUUUUGUUAACCGACUGGAAAAGUUUUGA